CAGGAAAGGAAAAGACGUCUGGAAAAUAUUACCCGUUUGCUGCUGCUGCUGAGAGACCUCAUUGAAACAGUUCCUUGGUCAGCAAGGCAUCACCAAAGAGACUUUAUCUGAUGCCGAACAUCUCAAACUUUCAGACACUGCCUUGCAACUUCUCCAGACUCCUGGCUAGCCGGGUUUGAAAUAAGAUCUUCAGCUUCAACCACGAGAAAUUAGCACAUAAUUUAUUACUUCUUUUUUUUUUUAAUUAUUAUUAUUAUUUGAAAAAAAGACUCUAUAAAUUUGAGUUAGAGAAGCAGUGAAAGAAAAAAUAAGUUAUAUUAGGGAAUACACGUGGAGAAAAAUGAGUAGGACUGAUUCGCCUUAAGUUUUUUAUUUUAAUUAUUAUUACUUUUUUAAAAAAAAAUCUGAGUGUCUCAAUAAGUCUCUGAAAAGUGCGAUUUGAUCUUUUACCUCAAACUUGGAAACUGUUCAGCGGGAGCAGCGGUACGUGAGACCACACAGCUGGCUGAAGCCCCUCUAUGACCAAAGGACAGAAGGACAAACAAGAUGUAUUGUGAGAGGUUUAUUUGUAUCCUGAGAAUACUUGGAACCACGCUUUUUGGGGUGUCCCUCCUGCUCGGCAUCACUGCUGCUUACAUUGUUGGCUACCAGUUUAUCCAAACGGACAAUUACUAUUUCUCCUUUGGACUCUAUGGUGCUAUCCUGGCAUCACAUCUCAUCAUCCAAAGCCUGUUUGCCUUCCUAGAGCACAGGAAAAUGAAGCGGUCGCUAGAGACUCCAAUCAAGCUGAACAAAACAGUUGCCCUUUGUAUUGCUGCCUAUCAAGAGGAUCCUGACUACUUAAGAAAAUGUUUACUUUCUGUGAAAAGAUUGACCUACCCUGGAAUUAAAGUUGUUAUGGUCAUUGAUGGGAACUCGGAAGACGACGUUUACAUGAUGGACAUUUUUACGGAAAUCAUGGGUAGGGACAAGUCUGCCACUUACGUCUGGAAGAAUAACUUCCAUGACAAAGGUCCAGAUGAGACAGAUGAGUCUCACAGAGAAAGCAUGCAGCAUGUAUCUCAGCUGGUCCUGUCCAACAAAAGUGUUUGCAUCAUGCAGAAAUGGGGCGGAAAAAGAGAAGUAAUGUACACAGCAUUCAAAGCACUGGGCAGAAGCGUGGAUUAUGUACAGGUCUGUGAUUCAGAUACAAUGCUUGAUCCAGCCUCAUCAGUGGAGAUGGUAAAAGUUUUAGAAGAAGAUCCCAUGGUUGGAGGAGUUGGAGGUGAUGUGCAGAUUUUGAACAAAUAUGAUUCCUGGAUCUCCUUUCUCAGCAGCGUGAGAUACUGGAUGGCAUUUAACAUAGAAAGAGCCUGCCAGUCCUAUUUUGGCUGCGUACAGUGCAUCAGCGGACCUCUGGGGAUGUACAGAAACUCAUUACUCCAUGAAUUUGUGGAAGAUUGGUACAAUCAAGAAUUUAUGGGCUCCCAGUGCAGCUUUGGAGAUGACAGGCAUCUAACUAACCGAGUGCUAAGCCUGGGCUAUGCAACUAAGUACACAGCUAGAUCCAAGUGCCUUACCGAAACACCGAUAGAGUAUCUCAGGUGGCUGAAUCAGCAGACCCGCUGGAGUAAAUCAUACUUUAGAGAGUGGCUUUAUAAUGCAAUGUGGUUCCACAAGCAUCAUUUGUGGAUGACUUAUGAAGCUGUAAUCACUGGAUUCUUUCCUUUCUUCCUUAUUGCUACAGUCAUUCAGCUCUUCUACAGGGGAAAAAUCUGGAACAUCCUCCUUUUCUUGUUGACAGUUCAGUUAGUGGGCCUGAUAAAGUCUUCCUUUGCCAGCUUCCUUAGGGGAAACAUUGUCAUGGUUUUCAUGUCACUCUACUCAGUGUUGUACAUGUCAAGUUUACUGCCAGCAAAGAUGUUUGCCAUUGCCACGAUAAACAAAGCAGGGUGGGGCACGUCAGGAAGAAAAACCAUUGUAGUCAAUUUUAUAGGACUCAUCCCAGUCUCCAUUUGGUUUACAAUCCUCCUAGGUGGAGUAAUUUUCACUAUCUACAAGGAAUCCAAAAAGCCAUUUUCUGAGUCAAAGCAGACAGUUCUCAUCAUUGGCACGAUACUCUAUGCAUGUUACUGGGUUAUGCUUUUGACUUUGUACUUGGUUCUUAUCACCAAAUGUGGCAGGCGGAAGAAAGAGCAACACUAUGAUAUGGUGCUAGACGUAUGAUGUUUCCGUGGGAAGUUACCCAGAGCGUUUUCAAGCAACCCAACGACCUUAUAGUAUUUGAGGCAUCAGAUGAAUGUUGCCAAGGGAAAUGGAUCAUUGCUGCUGGGAAUAGGACAUUUGUAUUCCUCUGGGUUCAUUUUCAUCCUGCCAAAGUAAGAAAACAAACAAUAAAAUUGAUUUUUUUUUUCCAAGGGGGGAAAAAAGGCAAACCACACAGAUUCAACCUGUUCGCAAGAAAAUGGGACGACUUCUUUGUUUAUGCACUUUUUAACUGUGCAUACGCCUGACAGUGUUACGUUCUAUAUACCUCACUGGUCAUGCUUAUGUGUGUGGACAGGAAGGAAAGGAGUUUGGGAAUCAAGCAAAGGAUCUUACAACCCCUUGCAACCUAAUUUAUGAACUUCUCUUUUUUUUUAUAGUUGUGUUUAUAGGAAGGGUCUUUUGUGUUAGGCUGCCAAAUGCAAUGCCAAAGGUAAAUUUUAAGAAGCCAUUGGCUAUGCUGUAUUUUUAUAUUAUUGUAUUAUUUGUUGAGUGUAUUUUUAAGACUUUUUUUUUAAAUCACAUAUUUUAUAUUUUACUUAUCUGCCAAAAAGCUG